CAGGAACACCACCAAUAGCAGCAGCCUGCUCCUCUCAUAAGAGAAUUAACAGCUUUCCGGCGCUCAGAGGAAGCUGCACCGAAAAUACUCAAUCUACUGGAUACUAACAAAGAAAUAGAGAGAGGAAGGAAACCAUCACUGAAUCGUCAUUUCCACCCUGCAGAUUUUAUCUGGAACUGUGAAAGGAGCCUCUCUAUAUCCACAAGCUGCUGUCUAGUCAUAAAGUAUAAACUACGCAGCUCAAGUGUCAGGAUGACCUGCGCUACAGUGACCUGGCCCCUUGUCCUCGUGCUCGUGCUGUUGUGCAUCAGAGACUCGGCUUCCCUCUUCCUGCCAGACUCCAGCGAGCUCAGGAAGCUACUGAGCCGCUAUGAGGAGGAAGCAGAGCAGAAAGGCACCAGCAACACAGCUGGUAACAGGACCCGCCGAGCCAUCCUCUGGUCGGACCGUGAUGAGAUCCUGCAGCUGCACAACAAGCUGAGGGGUGGGGUUUACCCCACCGCUUCAAACAUGGAAUACAUGAUUUGGGAUGAUGAGUUGGAGCGAUCUGCCACUCAGUGGGCAGAGGAGUGUCAGUGGGACCAUGGACCUCAGGACCUGCUCAUGUCUAUUGGACAAAACCUGGCAGUUCACUGGGGCAGAUACCGUUCACCUGCCUUCCACGUCCAAUCCUGGUACGAUGAAGUGAAGGACUACACCUACCCCUACCCUCAUGAGUGCAAUCCCUGGUGUCCAGAACGUUGCUCUGGGCCAAUGUGCACUCAUUACACCCAGUUGGUGUGGGCAACUACUAACCGAGUGGGCUGCGCUGUGCACGUGUGCCCAAGGAUGAACGUGUGGGGAGAAAUAUGGGAGAAUUCUGUUUACCUUGUGUGCAACUAUUCCCCAAAGGGCAACUGGAUUGGAGAGGCCCCAUACCAGCAUGGCCGACCUUGUUCCCAGUGCCCUCCAAGCUAUGGAGGAGGAUGCAGAAAUAACCUUUGCUACAAAGACUCUCAGCAGCCAGAGAUUGAAGACAUGAAUGAGGUGGAGAAGCCUCAGGUCCCACUGCCACCUCGUACCACUGCCAGACCUAAAACUAUUGCUCCAAAGAAACCUGUGUCCAGACCCUUCAGUCCCAAGAACACUAAUCCCAGGACAACGCCUUCAAAAACUCCCAGCAGCACUUUUCUUGCUCACAAUAUUAAGUGUGAGACAAGACUGCGAGAUAAGUGCCGUGGCUCAACCUGCAGCAGAUACAAUUGUCCUGCUAACUGUGUGCAGAAGAAAGGAAAAGUUUGGGGAACUGUCACUUAUGAUGUGCAAUCAAGUAUUUGCCGAGCUGCUAUCCAUCAUGGUGUGAUUGACAACAACGGAGGACUGAUCGAUAUCUCCAGAAUUGAUAAGUUACCAUUCUUUGUCAGAUCUACAAAGAAUGGCAUUGAGUCUCUCAGUAAAUAUAAAGCUGGAAAUGCCUUCACAGUGGCCAGAGUGAAAGAAAUGACAGCUGAUUGUUACACCACAGUGGCUGAAAUCUGCCCUUACAAAGAACCAAACUCACACUGUCCAAGAGUCUUCUGUCCAGAGAACUGCAAGGCUCAGCCCUCAUACUGGUCACCUGUUAUUGGAAACAAGAUUUACACAGAUAACUCCAGCAUUUGCAAAGCGGCCAUCCAUGCAGGCGUAAUCAAACCCAAUGGCGGUUUUGUUGAUGUUUUGCCUCUAGACAAGAGAAAGAGCUACAUAGGAGUCCUGAGAAAUGGCAUCCAAUCUGAAAGCAGAAGCAACAUGGAGGGAGGAUCCUUCCGAGUCUUUGCUGUGAGGCAGUGAGACUUAAGUUCAGUAAUCUGAAGACCAACAGAGUCACCUCAGCUGCUCUCAAAGAGAAGAAAGUGCCCAUAGCUUUGAUGCCAUGGCUGUUUGUCUGUCCCAUCUGACUGACAGAAACUUUCCCCACUCAGUCAACAAACAGUAGUCAUACAGUAAAAUUCAUCCAGUCAUCCAACACAUUGAUAGUCCUUCAUGUUUCUUCAUCUUUUCUUAGACUUACAUAAUCUGUGAAUACAGAAUUUUUUAAAAUAAAUAUAUUAUAUAAAAUGCAUUGAACAGCUGGUGCUGGAAGUUUUGAGUUAGACUUGUUUUGCAAAAAGCAAUAUGUUUACAUUGGUGUUCUUAUUACAAAUGUCAUUUGUUUUUCAUACACAGGAAUGUAUCCAGAUCACACUGUAUUUAAUCAUUGUGUACAGAAUAUAUUAUAUUUUGUUUUUUUUAAAGAAAUAAUAACAUGUUUAAGUUCUAGCCAUUUAAAAAAUAUAUAGCCCUCUUCUUCAUCAUUGCUUUUCUAAUUCUUAGCAGCGAAGUCCAAGUUUAGUGUGAGCAAAGAUGUUUUGCUGGUUUGGUUGACCAGAAAUUUUGAAGCAGAUACAAAUAUUCUGCGAAUUGAAUGUGUAUAAAGGCAGCAGGCACUGCUGGAGAGAAGUAAUAUUUUCCUUAAGAAGACUAGUGUUGCUUCAGUGCCUGCCAUGUGGAGGUGUUCGGUUAAUGGAGAGCUGAUGUAGGUGAGACAGUUUGUGCACUUAUAAUAAUAAGUAGUAACAUCCCAAUUUAUAUUUAUUAACUGCUCAGUGCUUUCUUCUUUCCUUUGUUUCUAAUAAAUAUAUUCCAUGAAAAUGCUAAAUGCUCCCCACCCCUUCCCACGUGAGACCGUUGAAUGUGUUGCAUGUUUCAGGUACAAAGAGUGCUUUUUGUUUAGAGACUGGACCACGUUGUAAAGGUUUGAAGGUUUUACAGAUUUAAAUUUGUCAUCAAACUGAAACUCAUGCACUUAAAUAACUAACACUGUGCAGAACACUUAGGAGACAAGUGUAAUAUCUCUCACCAUAGUGGAUUAAAGCAUGGUUGUGUUUGGUCAGGUCUGAUUAAUAUUUUUGCUCUGUACCCAUCUUCAUUUAGCUCUGUGAUAUAAUUUUACAUGCACAGACAUGAGGGAAUGAUACUCAUUAGAAACUAAUGAAAUAAAUGUAAAGUCCAUUUUGUGUAGAAGCGCUGCCCUCCUGCAAAACACACCCAACAUCUUAGUCCCAUUUAGCCCGUUUAACCUACCUACUGGUUUUCUUCUUUUCCAACUUCCUGUCUCUUUAUCCUACCUCAGUCCUAUCGCUGUGCUUAGUAUUUAGAUCUUUUCUAUGUGGGAAUUUUGUGGAAAACGCUAAAGGUUUUGUAAAGUUGUGGGAUCUGUAAAUACUAAGAUUUUUGUUUUUGAAUCAUCUUUAUACAGUAAGAUUAAAAUUAAGUAAUUGUGUGAAUUUGUUUCAAUUGUCUUGGAUGUAUUGCGUUUAUACAGGUUUAGGAUGCCUUCUAUACUUUUUGCACAGUUUGAAAAUCGAGUGUCUUACAAAUCCCAAUGUACACAUUUCUUUUUUUUUCUUUUAAAUUAAAAAGUCUUGUCAAAUAUGAUAUUUUAGAAAUCAUUACGCAUCAUGGGUGUUAUUUUGUGAUUUCUUUGUGUGUUUGUGAGCAAUAAUAUUUGAAGAAUGAGCCGCUUUACUAAGUAAAGGAUAAUAUCCAUAUCCAGAAAAGUGAAGCAACCCUUAGCUUACUCUUAGCUACAUAAGGUCCUGACUUCAUGACCAUGAAAUGUUACAAGUCUGGCUUUAACUGGUGUCCACAGUAACGUGGUUGAAACCAA